AGGAGCCGUUGUGGAACCCUAAGCCCGGGAUCGAGGCUCUUUCCCCGGGGAAGCCCAGGGUGACUCCCCCUCUCUCCCACGCCCCCAGGCACCAGAUCUCGUGGGAUCACCGGAUCCGUUCUGCCCUCCCGAUGAGGAUCCCUCGGGCUCUCCAGCAUGAAGAGCCGCUCUCAUCAGCCGCUGAUCCUGAAGAAGAGGAAGACCUCUCGGCCGGGCAGCCCUGCGGAGACGGACGAAGAAGCCAGGAGCCCAGUUGGCCGGAUCAAGCAGGAGCAGCAAGGGAUCUCCCGCGAUCUCCAAGGGAUCCCGGGCUCUCCCAUCCAGACGGCUGUAAUAGGUGACCGCUUGGCCCCGGUCAACUCUAGUGGGGUCAGCAGAAGCCCUGUCCCAGCAGAAACCCAGCAAAGCGUUCUGGACUUGCUAGCCACUGAACAGUCUCCUAGGAAGGACCCAGGCUUAGUGAGUCUAUCCGGUAGCUCUCUUGGCCUGGAGACCAGGCCCUUUCCCAACGUAUCCGGAUCUGAAGAAGGGACCAUCCCUGCAAGCCGUGGGGUCCCCGAGGAUGAAAAGCUGGCAGGGAUGUGGGCCUGGACCGCCGAAGAGUCGGACUUUUUGGCCUCGCAAUCUUUGGGUAGCCAAGAAGAGGACAAAACCAGUAGUGAGGAGGCAGCCAACUCUGGCUUGAACAGCAGCCUGACCAACAUCCAGUGGUUGGGGAAGAUGACUUCGACCCCGCUGAGCUCCUGUAGUAUGAAAAAAGACACGGAGAAGGAAAACCAGACCCCCAAACAGAAGACAAUUAAGUCUGAGGGAAGCCCCACAGCCGCCACCUCUGCUUUAUGGAAGGAAUCUUUUUCCGAACGGCCUCCCUACUCUUACAUGGCCAUGAUCCAGUUCGCCAUCAACAGCACGGAGAAGAAGCGCAUGAUGUUGAAAGAUAUCUACAGUUGGAUUGAAGAUCAUUUCCCCUAUUUCAAACAUGUUGCCAAGCCAGGCUGGAAGAACUCUGUCCGUCACAACCUUUCCCUUCACGACAUGUUUGUUCGGGAGACAUCUGCCAAUGGGAAAAUUGCAUUCUGGACCAUCCAUCCUGAAGCAAACCGCUACCUAACGCUGGACCAGGUGUUCAAGCAGCAGAAACGUCCAACUCUGGAUCUUCAGAAGAACUUCAAAGUCACCAAAGCGGAGUCCCAGACUUCCCGGCCGAGGAUUAAGCCCUUGCUACCACGGGUCAGUUCCUACUUGGUUCCGGUCCACUUCCCAGCGAGUGAGCCAUUUCACCUUCAGUUGCCUUCAAGGCCAUCUCUGCCUGCAGGCCAGACUGCUUUGGGGACCACGCAGAUCAACACAGGGGAACGCCCUGCUCCAAAGAUCCUGCGCUCCAGCGAAGACCCUGUCCUGUCGCCGCCUCCGAGUUCCAUAAAGGAGGAACAUUAUUGUGGUGAAGAGUCUUCUCCAUUAACCCUCCAGCGCCCUCUUGAGGAAGGAAGCUGUACAGACAGAGGAAAUCCAUCGGCAGGAGUCCUGAGUGACAGUUUUCAUUCCCAGGAGUGGGUCUCCUCUUUCGUCCCAGUAUGGCCUGUAAAGAAGGAACCGGCGGGAGCCGGCGAGGAGCAGAACCUCUGUGUCCAAGCAUCCCCCAUAAAACAAAAGAGACAGGUUACAGGUCUCCGAUCAUCCCCCGAAAGCAAGCUGGUUAUAAAGAGGCAAGAAUUGGGCAGAUCCAGAAGGAAACAGCACUUAACUCUCUCUUCCUCAGAAGAACCGGUUCUUCUUCUGCCCAUCAGUGGAGGCUCAACUUCCUUCCUGCUGGGACACGGUCCCUCCGCUCAGAAGGCACCUCUAGGAACCCUUGUCUGUGGUCCGGAAGAAGAACCGCCAGUGACUUGCAGGUUGCCGAUUGCGUCCACCCCAAACAAAACUCCCGUAACCACCUCUACCACCCUGCCACCUACUGACCAGUGGAGAUUGACCCCUAUGGUCGACGAUAGGAACAAAGUUGAUUUCAGUUCUCCGAGAUCUUCUCCUUUGCCGUUCCUGCCCUUCCAGGAUAAUCUAGACCUGGAGUUGAACGAGAACCCGCUGAGACAAUCCCUGUGUGAUUCUCCCCAGUGUCCGCUUCUGAACGCAGACAUGGGUGAACUAGUGCCUGGGCUCUUGAACACUUCUUCUCCAUCCAGCAAGGUGGCCUGUGAGUUUGCAGGGGACAAUUCCCUCCUGGAAGACCUCGUCUUGGAUAACAUGCCUGAGAAUUGGAGCAAGCUCUCGCUAGACAUCAGUUUUCCAGACCCCGGGAAUGACAAUCUGGAGACCGAUCUGAGCUGGUCCCAGCUCCUUCCUCAGCUGAAAUGACCCAAUUGGACUCGCCGAAAACAACCUCAACCUGUGUCGCACAUUUAGGAGACCCAGCCCUGUACCCUACUGGCACUUCAGCAAACAUGGCUCUUGAUUAACUCGGAGGUCACCCGUAUGAAUGAUCAAGGAAGCCUUAACCAUGGAGUUUGAAAGAAAGCUCCCCUGUCCUGUUUCCUGCAGCUUUUUUUUUCUUUGUCCGAUGAUGGUUUUGGCAAAUUUACAACACCUUGUAAGGGGGUCAGGUCAGGUCGAAAGCUCAGUCGUUUUGGAGACAGCUUUCUUCUUUCAAAGGAAAAUUUCAUCCGUGGAAAAGUGCCUGGGCUAUACAAAUGCCAUCUUACCUAGCCUUGAAACCCUUGAUGCUUUUUUUUGGG